AUGGCCUCGAUAAUUCACCCCAACACGUAUUGGGAUUUAUUUCGGCUCGGUCGGAUAAAUGAAUCCUGGCGGAAAGCAAAGAGGUCUCAAUUCCUCAUACAUUGUUCAAGCACCACGACCUUUCCCUUGGACUUCAAAGCCAUAGGGCCGCCCAUGAACUUGGCUCACAUGGCUCUGAAAGAUCCCAGUGAGGCGCCGCCCGGCCGGCAGGCUGAAACUUCUUCAUCGCUUGAGAUAGCAGCCGGGCAGGCGUUUGGUGAUGUGUCGGUCACCGUCGCUUCCCACACUUGUGGCAGCGACAUCACCAACAAUCGCUCUAUCACCAAAACUCACGAGGAGUCGAGAAGAAGACAAUCGCCGAUAGGGCGAUUGUUGGUGAUGUCUGAGGUGUCGCCGGUUGCCCGCUCGUCGAUUCUCCGAUGGUCAGCGACUAGCGAUAUGGGAAACAACCAUCACCAAAGAGUUGCUGACGACGAAGGGACCAGAGACCGCCCUCCCCCAUCUCACAAGGCUGACCCCUCUUCGCCCGGCGUAAAGACAAAUCUGAUCGUCGCGCCCAAUGCGCUCUUGAAGCAAUGGGCAGAAGAGAUCAAGAAAAAGAUUACGCCGGAGCAUAGGCUACCAUGGGCUCUGGGUCGGGCCCCGCCUUCUAGUGUCGGCAUCAACGACCCGGCCCUUGCGAUACCCGCGGCGCUUCCUCAGGAGGACAGCAGCCUCCGCCCUGCGACUUUGAUAAUGAGCUCCAUAAAUGGAUGGAUGGCCGAUGCCAUUGAUAUAGAAAUGUCAACGUCCGCCCCGGUAGCUGAUUCCAUGGGAGUCGGUGCAUACGAGUUCUUUAACGUUGGAAAUAGGUUGCUGAAUCUCCUCAUUGUACUGUACGAAUCCUGUUGGUCCCCGGGUUGGCUGCAAUUUCGUUCUUGGGGUAUAUCACAUAAUCUCGGUCGGGGCGCCAAACAGAUAUUGUUUGAUGUGAACGGCACCCCGACCGAAGAGCAUCGUCCAAGAACGGCUCGCAGCCGACCCGGUCGUUCACCUCGAGACAACGAUCAUCGCGGACUGCGCCAUUUUGAUGUAUGAGUUGUACAUCAUGUUGGGGGAAGGUCUGGUCUACCUUAUUAGAUAGUCGGUUUGGAAAGCAGAAUUGUAGCGCAGGGAUUGGUACUAUUGUUAGCGAUAAUAAACUAUAAACAUUUCAAAAGAAUUCACGUAAGAGUAGAAUGGCCCCAAAUGUAUGGUCAUGACCCGCGAGUAAAUGCCCAUGCAAGUAAAAGCCAUGACGUAUACAGUUUAAAUGAAAUGGUUGGUAACAACGACGUACAGAUUUUUGCGUAUGUUACAGGUUCAUUAGCCAUAAAAAUCAUGUCGUGGUUUUCAAACUACGUACCUUUGAAGUGUGCAUAGGAUUUUCGCCCAGCUGUUAGACGGAUUACAAAAACAACUCAUUUGAAAUGUAUUAAAAUCCCAACGCACAACAAUAGGACG